AUGUCUGGUCAUACCUGCUUGCUGGAAAGUACUGACAGUGGUACGACUCUAGGGAGAGACAACAGUGUAGUGAUGGGCUGUCAGCAGUCCACAAAUUCUUCAUAUGAAGUCCCUGCGGUGUCUCAGGAGUCAAGUAUUGUCAAAGUCAAUCUGCAUGGGAUCCUGGAGUGUCACCUAGUUAGAGACACCACCAGAUCUGUUGAGGAAAUUAUAAAAAAAUUGCUCAGCAUAUAUUAUCCUACAGUGGGACCAGCAGCCAUUCACCUGUUUGGACUAGCAUUGCUUGACACCAAAAAGAAUGACCGCUUUAUCUGGAAAAGUCCACGAUGUUUGGUAAAAGAACUGCAAGAACAGAUUAAAAAUGAUGCAAACUUGAAAUUAUUUGUUCGGAUAAGGUUUGUACCUGCUAGAGAUAGAUUGUUCAAAUUAAAAAUUUUUGGAAGUGAUGUGAUAAAAUAUUUGUACCAUCAGCUACGGGAGGACCUUCUCACUGAGCGACUGAGACACGUAUAUGGAUCACGGACCAAACUAUCAUCCGCAAAAUGUCGUGGACUUGCUGUCUUGAAUUUACUGAUCGACAGUCGGCUUCAGAAAAAAUCUGUCGAUUUUGUUCUGGAACAACACAAACUGAAAGAUUUCCUUCCUCCUAGUGAAUGUGUUGCAUUUUUGAAAAAAAUUAAGCUUGAAAAAAACAUGAAAGACCAUGUGAAAAGGUUUGAUAUAAGUCAUCCUGAGAGUAGCACUGACAUUGAGGAAUUGAUGACAGGGUAUGUACGUGACAUACUCAAGGAAAUUCUUGAUUACAGUGUCGAACAGUAUGAUGCUAAUGUCCUGGACAUGAAAACAAGAAAACAAUUUCCUGGAAAAAUUCUUGUAGAUAUUCACCACAGUCCAUCUGGAGUUUUCAUUGAUGGUGUGCCAUUUUCAGAAAUCAAAGAGCUUUGUUCUGCCAGUGUCACCCCAAAUUAUCUGAAUAAUGCUAACACUUGGAACGUCCAUCUGGAUCGCACCAAUGGCAGACCGGAGGUACUAGAGUUUGAGAGUUCCGAGUUAGCGGAGUCCUUUGUGUCAUGCUUGGAUGGAUACUACCGCCUUAUUCAUGACUUUUACUUAAGUUUGUGCUGUAAAAUGGAACCACUGUCUAUACUGUCACUCAGAAAAAUCAAAUCACAUGGACCAAUUGAGACAUCCUGUGCAAUUGCCAAGUUGGAUUCCAGGAUGGGUGACUCGGAAUCUUACUAUCUCUGUAAACAGGAUAUCAAUAACUCUGACCAGUUUGUCCUUGUUUACCCAUCAAACGGUCAGAUUUUGACUGAGCUUGUACAACAACAGAAUGGUGUCUUCUGCCUGGUGCGAGACAAAGAGAAAUCAUGCCAAGAUCCUGGCCAAUUAGUACCCUACCUUCUGAAGACGGAGCACAACGACAUCUUGUCAAACAAUAUUAUGCGACUGAAGCCCAAUGUUGAAGCCUGUGGUGUCUUAAAAAGAUUAUUUAUUGAAGAGAAUGAAAUCAUUCCAGAGGAGGACAAGCAACAGAAAGAUCAAAGUGUGUUGUCAAGACAACCAGUCAUCAUCCCAGAAUCACAUCUAAAAAUUAGUAAACUUGUCGGCAUCAGUAAAUUCACACAGGUGUAUGAAGGUACUUACAAAGACAACCAGACUGUAGCAAUCAAGUUUCUCAGGACAAAAACUUCACCUAACCAGUUGUAUUCCUGCCUGGAGCCAUUCCUCUAUGCCUUGCGACAGCACAUGAAAUUUCGUGAAGUACAGGAGCCUGGAUAUUUUGCUGGAAUUUUAGGAGUCUGUAUGUCUAUGCCCAUUAAAAUUGUCAUGGACUACGCCAGGGAGGGAUCCUUGUCCCAUUUCUUUUCAUGUCGCCGCACAGAUCAACCAAUCUAUCUCCGCCAUUUGGUUUAUGCUGCCACGCAAGUUGCGCAAGGACUCUUUCACCUGGAGGAAAUAGGUCUUCACCAUGGUAACAUAAACUGCCAGAACAUCCUGGUGUUCCGUUACGACAUGAGUGAAAUCGUUGUGAAGAUUGGAGAUCCUGGUAUGAUACAGGUGUAUGAAGAUCCCUCAAUGGUGAACAACGAAAAGGUCAACAAAAGAAGGCUUCCAUGGAUUGCACCUGAACUAUUCAACAGAAAACAAAACCGUGCUAACAUGAAAUCAGACAUUUUCGCCUUUGGAACAACAAUUUGGGAAAUGUUUGCUCUUGGAGAGAACCCGGUUGAUAAGCCACCAUCAUCAUCAAUGUCCUUUGAACGGCAAAAGGACUUUUACCAAUCAGAGGCUUCGAAGGAGUUACCUGUUACUGAGGGGCUGAGGGUACUGGGCACAGACUUCCCGCAUAUUUCAAAAUGCAAGUCUGCCAUGCUUGAUAUGAUAGAGAGAUGUCGAGUUUUCUCCUCUGAAGACCGCCCCACUGCUAAGGAACUUGUACGUGAUCUCAACACUUUGACUUCCUCCUAUGGUAAUCAAUACCACGACUAUGAUAAAAUUCUGGAUGAUUACCCAAUAUGGUCCGAAGCAGAAAGUUCUCAGAUGUCACACCAUGCUGAUAACGAUGAAGAUGUUCCGGAUAUUUUGACAAGUUUCCCUAUACCCGAAUUGGAUGAAGUCGCAUCCAGCACCCCUGGUCAACAGUUUGAAUCCUUAAAUGAGAGAUCUGUGAUUCCCCUGCCAGACUUGCCACAGCCAUCAGUUGCUUCUCCUGAGGCAGGUCAUCAGCAUGGCCCCCUACCAAACAGAGCAAGUCAUCAGCAUGGCCCCCUACCAAACAGAGCAGGUCGUCAGCUUGGCCCUCCUCCAAAAAGACCUCUACCACAACCUGAAUGUCAAUCCAUGAUCCGAAGCCAUCAAUUACAAAUCUACCCUGAAAGUAUUGGAGAGGGACACUAUGGAAAGGUUAAAAAAGGCACUUUGACGUGGUUUGGUGAAAAAAUUGUCAUAGCAGCCAAGUGUUUGAAGAGCAAAGAAUACACAUCUGUUCUACAGAGUCCAGAAUUCAGACGUGAAGCUGAGAUGAUGAAAGAACUUCAGCAUCCUAACAUUGUGCGCUUCUAUGGUAUUUCCAAUGAUAGUAGAGGGAACAAAAAUGUCUCUUUGCAGGGAAUGCGAUACAUGUCCGACAAAAGAAUCAUUCACUCAGAUCUUGCUGGGAGAAACAUUUUAAUGACAGAAGACCUACAUGCAAAGAUUUCUGACUUUGGUCUUGCUAGAAACUUAAGAAGUGACAAGGAUUACUAUCGUCGAUCUAAGGAAAAGGAACUGCCAGCAUCAUGGUGUUCCCCAGAGGGUCUGACAACUUUAAAAUUCACGACACUUGGUGAUGUAUGGAGUUAUGGUGUUGUUUUGUGGGAAGCGUUUACACAUGGAAAGCAACCACAGUACGGAGAAGACUUGACAACUCUUGGUCAGCGACUUAACGAUGGUGAGCGACUUGAGAGACCGAACUGUGGAGAGAGAUGUUCAGAUAGAGUCUGGGAUCUUAUGAAGUGGUGCUGGAAGCACACCCCAGCUGAGCGUCCAUCAUUUAAGGAGAUUGUGGAUGAAUGCAGUGAAAUUUUGUACGAUUUAAGACCACAAGUUAAAGCUAGUGUGACAAAACCAGACACCGGGUUUCCAGAAGAAACUGGGAUUUUGAAAUCCUCAUUCUCACCACCAACUCCUGUAAACGGAACUACCCCUGUAGUCACAAUACCAGCAGUCACAACAGAUCCUGUCGUCAAUGAGAUCCAAACAAGUUUGUCAUCAAAAAAUACCGAAGAAAACAAAACUACUGCUAUCUGUGCCAGUGCUGUCAAACUAAUAACUUCACCAAAGUCUGCCAGUGACACACCGAGGAAACCCAGAGAUGAUUUAAACUUUUUAAUCUCCAAGAAGGACCUAGUGUUCAACAAAGAGGAGAUGCUGGGACGAGGUGAGUUCGGCUUUGUGUACAAGGGAUCAUAUAAACAGAAAGAGGUCGCUAUCAAGGUCAUAGAAGAAAGCCACCUCAAUUACAACGAAGAGCAGUUUUGGGAGGAGAUUGAUGUUUUUGGAAGAGCCUGUCAUCCAAACAUUGUCACAUUUCAUGGAUUUGUUAGAGAUGCCUACAUGCUUGUAAUGGAGUUUGUUCCAAUGGGAUCCCUAUCCAAUUAUCUGACUCUGUGUAGUUCCGGCAGAAAGACCAUCUCCCUUCGUCAGAGUCUUGGGAUUAUGUAUGACAUUGCCUCGGGAAUGAAGUAUCUAGUUGAGCAGAGUAUAAUACACUGUGAUUUGGCCGCCCGGAACAUCCUUCUCAUGAACAACAUGAUGGCGAAAAUCUCUGAUUUUGGUCUGUCCAAGGCUUUAGAAAAGGAUUACUAUCGCCGUAGUAAUAACAAGAGGAUGCCGUGUUGGUGGUGUGCUCCUGAAGUCCUUUAUUAUCAACGGCUCACUCACAAGAGUGACGUGUGGAGCUAUGGUAUUGUAGCAUGGGAAAUCUUCACAUUGGGAGAAACUCCAAACAUCUGUGAGGUUGGAGGCAGCAAUAUCAAGGAUCUCAUAGAUAUUGGACUUGAACAUAUGAGAAAAGGAUUCCGCCUCAAGAAAGAAAAGACAAAAAAUUGCCCGGAUGAUGUUUUUGAACUGAUGAUGAAAUGUUGGGAAUGGAAUGAUAAAGAUCGACCCGACUUCUCUUCCAUUCACAAACAGUGUUUGUCACUUCUGGACAAGUAUGGAAAAACUAUUCAGCAAUGA